GGAUUGGAAUUUUGAUUGUGAUGAAGUCAAAGGUAUAACAUUGUUGGCUCAACCAGCUUUGACCAUUGAGAAUCCAUCCACAUCUGUCACAGUUUUUGAUGAACCUAUUAUUAAUGUGACUAUGGGUAGCAAAGAGGAUGAAUGGAUAAUAUUAGAUCUUUUGUUACAACAUUCAUCGAUCUACUCAUUGACAGAUCAAUGGUAUUUAUUACAUUGGGUGUGUUGGACAACCGAUCCAUCCACAUUUCAAGAACGACACUAUAAAACAAUAGAACUCAUAUGGGUUCAUACACCAAAAGCCAUUGUAUUUGUUCUGACGACAACUUUACCAGAAGAUUUUUUUGAAGAAUAUCAGAAACAAGGCUAUCAAAUUCAUGUGAUUAAAUUUAAUAAGGAAUUGUUAUUAGAAAGACAAUGGUUUCUUGGACAAAAUUCUAUUUUUCUGAGAUAA